GCGGAGUUCAAACCGACCUUUUCGACGACGACGAUUACUAUUGAUUGACUCCAACCAGUCUUAUUUAUUCCUGAUCGCUUCCCCUCCAUAUCCAUCUUCUUUCCUUUCCUUUCCUUUCCUUUCCUUUCCUCGCACCGAUGUUACUUCGUCACAGUUUGUCUCGAUCAACGCCGUCGAGCUGGGUCUCGCGGAUAUCGCCUGCAAUAGCCAUGCCUCUUCGCGCUAAGGUGACCAACCCAGCGUUUGGAAUGGCUUCCAAGAUGUCGACUGCCUCAGAGCUCCCCAAAGAACUCCCCGGAGACGAAGCCGACGAUGUCCUCUUCAACAGUCUGUAUGGAGUGCGAUUGGUGGAACUGAACCGACCGAAGAAGCUCAAUUCCCUGAAUGGCUCGAUGGCCCGGAAGAUCCUCCCCCGGCUGAAGGAGUGGGAAAGAUCUCAACUAGCCAAUGUGAUUAUGCUGUCUGGAGCUGGUUCCAAGGCUCUUUGUGCGGGUGGGGAUGUGGCUGCGUUGGCGCUGCAGAAUGAACAGGGCGCUGAAGGGCAACAACGCUCGACCGAUUUCUUCGGACUGGAAUACAAGUUGGAUCACGUUAUUGCGACAUACCCGAAACCAUUUAUCUCGGUUAUGGACGGCAUCACCAUGGGCGGAGGGGUUGGACUCAGCGUCCAUGCCCCUUUCCGUAUCGCUACUGAACGCACCGUGUUUGCCAUGCCUGAGACGACCAUUGGCUUCUUCCCUGAUGUCGGCGGCUCCUUCUUUCUCCCACGUCUCGAUGGAGAGAUCGGUACAUAUCUGGCAUUGACGUCGGAGCGUCUGCAGGGUGUUCAGGCGCUCUACACCGGCAUCGCCACACACUACUUCCAUUCCAGCGCUCUGGGCAACCUGACGGCUCGUCUGUCGGAGCUGGUUUUCCGGGACCGCGCUUCUCUCCCCGAGCAGCUGGAUCUCGUCAACCGCACGAUGGCCGAGUUUUCCACCGGUCUUCCUUCCCUCCAGGAGGAGCCCAUGCAGCUCGCCGGUAGCCUGCGCAAGGCGAUUGACCGGUGCUUCGGACAUGACACCGUGGAGGGAAUCAUCAAAGCACUGGAGCAGGAGACAGAGCAGAAGAAGUGGGCACAGAAGACCCUCGAGACGCUGUCUAUCCGGUCCCCCACCUCUCUGAAGGUGACCCUUCGCCAGCUGCGUCUUGGUCGCAAGUGGUCCAUCUCAGAGACAUUCCAACGCGAACAUCACAUUGCCGCCCGCUUCAUGCGUCACCCUGACUUCGUUGAGGGCGUCAAGGCGCGCCUUGUGUCGAAGCCUGCUCGCCAGGCUGAGUGGCAGCCCGCCACGUUGGGUGAAGUUGCCGACGAGCAGGUUAGUGAGUUCUUCAACAUCCCCGAAGGCGAGACACGGAUGUCGCUGUUGAGCGAGGGUGACUACGAGGCCUACCCGCACGCACGCUUCGGACUCCCCAGCGAAAAGGAGAUUGAGAAAUUUGUCCGGGCCGGCUCGGAGUCCCAGAAGCAGAUCGUCGAUGAAUUCGUGGCCAAAUGGGGCAAUAAGGAUGGUGUGAAAGAGAAGGUCGCUGAAGUUUUGGCUCGACGAACCACGAAAACCCCCGAGGGCCUGCAAUGGAAUUAGAUUGAGUUAGGGAUUCAUUGUUUGAUUUUGUAGAGCUGUCUGUAUAUUUACCUAUUUCUAUUUUUUUAGGGGUACGCCAAUUGAUUUUACUGGACCACACCACCUGCUGUAUUAUUACUCGUCUCUCUCUCUCUCUCUAAAU